AUGCCGCAAAACUUGGUUGACGAGACCGAGGGAAAAGAAUUCCCCGAGAGGGUCAGCCACGAGAAGGAUCUCUGCGCCUUGGGCCACUCGUUCCUCGCUGUUCUCAAUGUGAUGGCGCUCAUUCUAGCCUCCCUCGCAUACAGCCAGAACCAGUCGAAAAAGCCCGCUGAGCUUGCACUCUGCACAGGCAUCUUUGUCCCCUUCAUCUUUGCCUCUGUGUGGCUCAUCAUCAGUACUAAACCUAGCGAUAAAAGGGCUGUGACCAAACUGAUAUUUGUGGCUGUUGUUGUCACUUUCUACUGUCUCUUGUCUUUCGGUUUUGGUGUGGCUUUUGCAAAGCGGCUCAUCAAGAAUAAGGAAUGGGGGCCCAAGAUUACAUUUCGGAUUGCGUCGACUGUGAUUAAUCUGAUAACCGUUCUUGUCGGAUUUGUUAUUAUCUGGUUUCAACAGCGUCUGGGUGCUGCCAUGCCAAGCUACCCCAUCACACCAGGUGUGACAGCGUGA